CAGUGAUAAACCAAAUACUUAUCUUGUCGGCCAUGUUGAAAAAAUAUUAAGUGUUAAGGGAAUAAAAUGCAUGGAUUUAAGCGAACAGUCCGAUAGUGUCGUGUUUGUUGAAAUGCUCUAAAUAAAAUUUAGUAACGUUUGUGACUAAUAAAAUGACUGAAUUAUAUCUGCUUAUUAAAUUCUGUGAAACAUUUAAAUCGUAUUACUUAUUAAAUGUGGCACGUUGUUAAACAAAAAUUAAGAUAUACAUAUGUGCAUAUUACAGAUUUUAUACAUGUAAUAUGAUUGUUUUAGAUAUAUACAAAUACCUAAUUAUAAGUUCAUGUGUAAAUGUGAAGAAACAAACUUGUAUGAAUGAAUGUACCGCCAUAUGCACAUACAUAUGUAUGUAUGUACUUAUGUUCACACGACGUGAAUUUGUCUUUCUAUGUAAGCAAACUUUAAAUUAUAUUUAGUGUGCUCUUACACAGUUUAGGUGGUGAAUUAAAGCGAAGUUUACCUAAUUGCAAUAACAACAAUUAGGAUAUCUAAUAAAAUGGGGGACCGUGACAUCCCAAGUGUACCUGUGACAACAUUAGCUGGCUUAACUAGCUCUUCUGAUCUACUCAGUGAAUUGCCAGUAUCGGAUUCUCUGCAGAGUGCUACUUCUUUAAACAAAUCGCUGCUCUUUCAUUCUUUGGUAGCCAGUGAAUCUAAUAAUUUGUUAUCUGUUCGCGAUGAAACCCUUGUGCGGCAGUUGGUAAAUGCCAUUGAACAAACGAACUCUGAUAAUAUCGAAGUAAAGUCACAGUACACAAUUCACCAACAUGGAUCAAAUAUUAAUACAUGUCCUGAGCUUCUGCAAGGAAUUUAUAAUUUGCGUCCAACUGUUUUUAAUACAUUGCAUAAAAUAGUGACGAAUGAUCUUCCUGCUGUUACCAUACAAGAAAACUCUAAUUAUAUGAUGAAUGAAGCUUCAAAGGAAAGAGGAAUAUGUCAAUCAACAUAUAACAUAGACGCUGUCCAUCAUCAACAUAAUCGGCAGCAGAAAAAUGUUGAUCAAACGCUCAGUGUAGCUACCCUUGAUGAGCAACCUGUAAACAAGGGUUCAAAAAUAAAUUUAGAGCAAAAGCCGCAAGUAAUAAAACACCCAGGACCACAUCAACACCCGAUUGGAAUGGAAAACUCCCAACACGCUCACGCUCGGCAAGGAGAAAUUGAUGUAUUGAAUUGUAAUAAACAGCCUUAUCAAGAGCAGUACCAAUCAUGUACCAAGUAUUAUGAUAGUCUUAAAGUUGAAGCCAUAUGUCACCUGCCGCAGCAUCAAGCACAAUCACGUUGCAUUUUUGCUCCAAAUCAUUUGGAGGAAGGAAGAGCAGCACAUACACAACAACCUACCAGCUCAACAGCAACCUUAACCAUUCAAGGUAGUUUUCAAAAUGUGCUCAAUUUGCACCGACAGCAAAAUGCUGCUGCGUUUUCAGCGCAGCAACAAGACUCGGAAAGACCCCAAACACAAUACACAAAACAUCAAUUGCCAGUGCAAUUAAGCACUGUCACCGUUUCAACAUCUUUAGCAAUCAACAGGCAUACUGAUAGUGCGCAUGACUUCCAUCAAAGCGCAGCAACAUCUGCUUCUACAUCGUCUAGCGGCAAGUCUCAGGUUCGGGUAUGUAUAAAUCGUCUAAACGUCGAAGAUGCUCGCCUUAUGCAACAAAGUAUUGAAAAGUUUGUACAAAAGUCACCAGAAUUGGCUAAGAAUAUGGGGUUGCUACAGGAACACCAACGCCCAAACGAGAUAUCGAAGUUUUCACAUUCAUCUAAAGAUAUUGAAGAGACAAGGCGCUUUUUAUGUACUGAUGAGCCACGUAAAAAUGCAAAAACUUCAGUUGAUAUGUUUACAGUAAUAAAGGCCGAUGAAAAGCGAACGUGUACAAAAAGAAAAGUAGCUGUCUCACUUGGAGAUAUUCCCCCGGAGCAAAUAUUUUCCAAACCAAAAUUACGUCGUGUUGAACGAAUAAUGCCCUUAACGACCACUAAAUGUACAAAGGAAGAAGUAACUCGUUCGCAAACAUAUCAACAGUUCAUGCGGAAUAUGGAACAAAUUAUUGAAUUGCUCGAUGAUACUGAAUCACCAAACUUUGAUUCAGAGGACGUUGACGAAAAUAUUGAAUGUAUUUCUCCAAAACUACUUAACAUCAUGAGCAACGACGUCGCAAAGCUUAAAGCAAAGGAAGCUCUGGACUCAAUUCCAAAAAACAAAUUAACACUUCUUAUCAAUUAUGCCAUGCGAAACGUGUAUCUGGCCAGAAAUUACUUUGCUGGACAGGACGACGAAGAUGAAAUUGUGGACGAUGAAGUUAUAGAGAAGAUACUAAACGCAAUGGAUGCUUGCUUGCUUAUAUGCAAUAUAUACUCAACGGUCAACGAUUUGAAAUUUUUACAGGAGGAUAAUAUAUCGCACAUUAUCAAGUUUACCCAAUUUCAACUUCGUGAAACCAUAUUUCCUCUACAUGACCCAGUAUACACGGUUAAAAGUUUAAAAAAAAAUCAUCAACGAAAAAAGGUUAAAACUCAUCAAAGCCCUAACCGCAAUCUACAACUAUUUUACUCUAAAGCUGUCGAGUUGUUAAAAGUCUUUGUACCACUGUUUGAUAAAUGUAUUUUCGUCGAUACUAUAGUUCUGCCUCUUUCAACACUUGCCAUUGAGCCAUUUUUUGUAGACAAUAUUGAGACUCUUCAAUUCGUUUGUUUGGAACUGGUGACAACUAUAUUUCGCAAGGAAAGAUACGACAAAAUAAGAAAUAGUAUUUUGGGGGAUAUAUUAUCUUCGAUUGACCGACUGCCUUCUUCAAAAAAAAAUCUUCGUCCAUAUAAGCUCACAAAUAAUGGAGGAAACAUUCAAAUGGUUACUGCGCUGGUGCUUCAAUUAAUUCAAUGUGCAACCAUUUUGCCUGAUUCACUCUGUGACAAUGGCAAAGGGAACUCCAAAACAUUUCAUAUAGAUGAUAUUAACGAUGAUCUUCCUAGUGGUGCCACGAAAAUCAUUGAACCCCAUCAGGAUAUACUUGUGCUGAAAAAAUAUGAUGUUGCGGUUAGCAUCGGUGGCAAUUUUUUGACGACUUUUUUAAACAAAUGUAAAUCACGGUCUAACGAAACUGAUUUCCGUCCGCUUUUUGAAAAUUUCAUUCUUGAUUUGUUGGCUACAGUUAAUAAGCCAGAGUGGCCAGCAUCUGAAUUGUUGUUAUCAUUGCUAGGGACAAUGCUAGUUCGAUAUGUAUCUGAUAAGAGCAUAGAACAAAGUAUUCGAUUAGUUUCAUUGGAUUAUCUAGGAAUCGUUGCAGCCCGACUGCGUAAAGAUAUUGUUGAAUCCCGAUGUAAAGUAAACAUAAUAGAUUCAAUGAUUAAAUCAAUUAAAGUUGAGCAGGAGAAGGAAGGAGAUGUGCCUAUUACUAAUAUGAAAAUCGAAAUGCAUCCUGAGGAAAAACGAACUGAGUUUCUACAAAAGAUCCUUCUUGAUUUUCUCGCUGUAAAUGCCCAAGAAGAAAAUUUAAUUUGGGAUUAUGCUCGACAUUUUUAUUUGGCUCAAUGGUAUCGUGAUGUAAUAUAUCAACGACGUCGAAUUAAAGAUGGUGCGAAAGCCUUUGCAUCCAGAAAAACAAAGCCGCAAAAUAAAAGAAAAUCUGGUGAAUUUUCGGAAACGUCGGAUUCAGAAUUCUCUGAUGAAAAUGACGCUGACGACGUUGAUAAGAUUGGGAAUCGAUCCUCUGGUAUUGACUUUGAACUCAAUUUGGAAAUUUUUGGUGUUUUAGAAGAGCGAAAGCAAUAUUUGAUAAGUAAAAUAAAACCAUAUUCAACUUCAGGGGAACACAGCCACACAUCACACCAAAUAAAGACUUACAUAGAUUAUAAUAACGCACAGCUAAUUGCGCAAUAUUUAGCCACCAAAAGACCAUUCAGUCAGUCGUUUGAUGGAUGCUUGAAAAAGAUAAUUUUGGUCGUGAACGAGCCAUCCAUAGCUAUAAGAACACGUGCAAUGAAAUGCCUAGCAAAUAUAGUUGAAGUUGAUCCAUUCGUGCUUAGACGAAAGGAUAUGCAAAUGGGCGUUAAUCAGAAAUUUUUAGAUACCGCAAUUUCCGUACGAGAGGCUGCUGUGGAUUUAGUUGGAAAAUUUGUACUUAGCAAUCAAGAAUUAAUUGACCAGUACUAUGAUAUGCUGUCAACUCGAAUAUUAGACACUGGUGUUUCUGUGAGAAAACGAGUCAUUAAGAUAUUGCGUGAUAUUUGUAUCGAGUAUCCAGAUUUUGAUAAAAUUCCUGAAAUUUGUGUGAAAAUGAUACGUCGCGUCAACGACGAGGAAGGCAUUCAAAAACUUGUCACUGAGGUCUUUAUGAAAAUGUGGUUUACACCUUGCAUUAAAAAUGAUAAGCUCGGAAUUCAGCGAAAAAUUAAUCAAAUAAUAGACGUAGUAAACACAGCUCAUGACACUGGCACAACAUGGUUGGAGGGUCUUUUAAUGAGUAUUUUUAAACCAAAAGAAAAUAUACUAAAACCAGAUGGAAGUGUGCAAGAGCCCAUUAAAAAAAAUACAGAUCCUCCUGCAGAAAUUGUGUUAGCGUGUCAACAAUUGGCAGAUGGCCUUGUAGACCGGCUGAUUGAGUUGGAAGACACAGAUAAUGCACGAAUGCUCGGAUGUAUAACAACACUUCAUUUGUUGGCUAAAGUUCGACCACAACUUUUAGUAAGACACGCAAUAACCAUAGAGCCGUAUUUAAAUAUAAAGUGCCACUCAGGAACUGCUGCGAAAUUUAUUUGCGCAGUAGCGGAUAUCUUGGAAAAAGUUGUUCCAUUGGUUAACAAUGCGAGCGAGUCAUUUUUGGCGUCCUUAGAAGAACAUUUAAUGUUACUGGUGGUAUCGCGUAAUCAAGCCGAAGUAACUAGUUGUGUUUCCUGUUUAGGCGCCGUUGUUAAUAAGAUUACAAAAAACUUUAAGUUAAUUCGUGAUUGUUUUCAAAAAUUUUACAAAGUUCUGGAUGUGUCUCGAAAUCAAGUGAUCCAAAACAAUUACAGUGUUGAUAACAUAUACACUCCAAGUUUUCGAAGAAGUCUUUUCACAAUUGGCAUUCUGAUGCGGUACUUUGACUUCAAAACCCCAAUCGCUUUAGGUGAAACUAAUGCUGGACUUCCCGCAUCGAUUUGUGAUGACGUUUUUGAGUGUUUAAUGUUUUUUUGCGGUUGUUCAAAUCAGGAAAUUCGAAAGCAGUCCCUUAUUUCUCUUGGGUCUUUCUGUGUCAUGAAUGACGAUUAUCUCAAACGAAGCGAGUUAAAAAAGUUUUACUGUGAUUUGUUAAGCUCAACUUCAAAUGAUGCCGCUAUAAAGAUAAUCUGUAUGCGUAAUAUUUGGAUUUAUUUAACCGAGUCCGAAUUGUUUAUGCAUAAUAAGGAGAAAGAAUGGGAAAAACAAUCGAAGCAUGAAGACCUCAAAGAAAUGAAUGAUGUUUCGUCUGGCAUGGCAAGUUGCAUAAUUCAACUCUACCUCGAAGAGAUACUAGAAUGCUUUCUUAAUCGUGAUGACUCAGUGCGGCUCUGGGCUGUAAAAGUAGUUCAAAUCGUAUUGCGGCAAGGCUUAGUACAUCCUGUUCGAAUGGUACCAUUCUUAAUAUGUUUGAGUACGGAUUCCAAGAUUGAGUCGGCCCACCGAGCUGACGCAUUAUUAAAAGAUAUUGAUAAAACGUAUUCAGGAUUUGUUAACAUGAAAGUGCAGUAUGGAUUACAACUUUGCUUUAGACUGCAAGAAAUAUUGCAAGGAAACAACCCAGGAAAGUUAGAAAUAAUUCGUGGAUAUGCAAAACGUGGACCCGACAAUGCGACAACAGCCUUAAACGACUUUUUAUAUACACUUCUUCGGACAACUAAGCCUCAGAGACGGGCUUUGGUACAAACUGUUACCAAACAAUUUGAUGACCAAAAAACUUCUUUACAGCAGAUGUUAUAUAUUGCUGACAACCUUGCAUAUUUUCCAUAUGUUGUUCAAGACGAGCCACUUUACCUUAUUCAUCAAAUUGAUUUACUUAUUUCUAUGGCUGGCACACACUUUCUUGCCACCUUUAAGGAACAUUUGAAUCCAAAUGAAAGGGAAGGGGACUUACUAGAAGACGAUGAUGAUGAAGAAGAUCCAAAAGUUCUCUUUCAUCGACUGCCGCAAGAUAUGACUGAGAUUAAAAAAUGCAUAACAUCUGCUCAGGCUUGCAUGCUUUUGUUAAUAUUAAAAGACCAUUUAAAGGAUAUGUAUGGUCUAACUGAUGGAAAAAUAUCCCGAUAUUCACCUUCAGAACAAAAAUUAUAUGAAAAGGCGAUAGCACGUCGCAGUGUUGUAGAUUUUAAUCCAAAAACCACAAUCGAUGUUAUUCGUAAACAACAAUGUCAACAGAUAACAAUUACUGAAAAUGCUUGUGUUGUUACAGACGAGGAAAAAUUAGAUCUUGUUGUAAAAUAUUUGGACUUCAAGCAACUUAUGUUAAAACUGGACCCCGAGGACGUAGACUCGGAAGCUGAAGAAAUACCCGACAAACCACACUUAAAUAAUUCAGACACCACAGUCUGCUUGGACAACUUCGCUGCAAUAAUACCAGAGUCAACAAACCAUAGUACCAAUAUUAAAUCAAUAACAAAUGAAACUCGUGGCACACCCACAUCUCUUAUGAGUAAAUCGUCCCUUAGCCUUUCCAAAUCUGGGUCGCACAAGCCAAACCAAAAACGAAAUAAAAAGAAACCUCUCAAAAUCAUGUCAUCUGACGAAGACGAUUGUGAAUUAAGUGAAGAAGAUUAUGCGUAAGAUUCUAGGAAUAUCGGACCUAACCCUGAAUUUUUAAGAAGAUUAUUAAUAGAAUAAUGCGAAUAGGUAAAAAAUCCAAUGCUAGAUGUAUACAUAACUAAUGAUAAUAAGUAGAUCAAAUCUGUAAUAUUAAAUGUAAAAUAUGCAAACUUGAAAUAAAUGAUAAUUU